ACACUCAACACACAAUUCAUUCAUUAUCUCUCUCUGUGUCUCUCUCCGCCACCCUCUGCUCUGCACCCACUUUUACCCCUCACACCACAUCCUCCUCUGCUUUUGCGUUUCCGUCUUCCCAGCUCGCUGAUGAACGACGAUUGGUUAGCGGCGGCGAUGACCGAUGACGCCGUCGUCGUCGACCUCCUCUUCCGCCUCAAGCAGUCCCCGUUCUCAGAGGCGUGCACUCCGCCGCCGCAUCCCGCCGCCACGAGGUUGUUGCAUAUGCGCUUGCCUUCUCCCAGCUGGGGCCAUCGCCAGCCGAGAUCGAAACCGACGGCGUCCGCUAGCCGGAAAGAGGCCGCCGCUGGAAGUUCCGCCAGGUUUAGCCCGACCACUCCGCUCUCCUGGAGCGGUGGCGCCGCUUCGCCCAGCGACGGCGGCUUUGACGAGUCCAGCCGCCUCCCUUCUUCAUCGGAUCUAACAUCCGCUUUCAGAUCCAAGGUUAAUGAAAGCAGCAAUGUUGGAAGUAGUUCCGGGCAAGGGCAAGGGUGUAGAAGGAAGAAGACAUUUGGUGACCUUGUGGAGGAAGAGAACUCACUAUUGAAGGAGAGAGUACAGUUGAAAAGGGAGCUGGCAUCCCUGCACGUGACGCUGAACCAACAAAAGGCUAGGAGCCAAGACUUGAAGAGGAUCAAGAUUGAUUUGAAUAUGCAAUCGGCUUGUGAUCGGGGUGUAGGCCCCCGUGCCAAUGAACCCUCCACUCAAUGCAACAACCCAAUGCAAGUUUUGUCUAGACAAAGAUACACCGAGGAUGAGGAGGAAGAAGAUGAGGAGGAGCAGGUUGUAUUGUCAGAUUCUUCACAGAACAAAGGAGGAGGAGGCUUCAUCCUUCCCGAUCUAAACAUGACUCCCCUGGAAGACGAAUGGAAUUAACCAAGAAUAAGAAUGUGGAUCGGAGCUGUGAUAUAUAUGGGGCUAGACCGACCAGCCGGAAUUCCUGGCUGAGAAGGAGGAGAAAGGAGAAGAUGUUUGUAAAUCAACUAUUACUACUUUCAUUUGUGACCAAGUCACAGGUGUAGAGAUUCACUACCCUCCUGGAGGAGGUCUGGUGAACUGGGGAGAAGAAGAAGAAGAAGAAGGUGGGGGGUUAUGGGUAGUGUAGAGAAGAGUAGGUUUAAUUAGAUGUAGAAAGCUCUUAUCAAAUUUUUUAAAUUUUUGAUUGAUUUCUUGUUGCCAUUUUUAGGGACAUGAAAUGGAACUUUUCUUUAUUCUUUUCUUUA